AUGGAGGCAGCGCGCACGGAGCGCCCCGCAGGCUGGCCCGGGGCGCCUCUCGCCCGGACGGGGCUCCUGCUCCUGUCGACGUGGGUCUUGGCUGGUGCCGAGAUCACUUGGGGCGCGACGGGCGGUCCCGGACGCCCCGCGGCCCCGGCUUCGCGGCCCCGGGUGCUGCUUCCUCUCUUCCCGCGGGCAGUGGUAAGCCAGUGGCCGGAGGAGCUGGCGACGGCGCGGAGAGGCGCCGCACUGGGGCGCCGGCCCGGACCAGAGCCGCUGCCCCAGCCAGGCGGCGGCAGCGGCAGCGUUGGAAAGAAGCAGGGAGAAACCGGGGGACCGUCGCCGGCAGGCUCGCGGUGGGGACAAGGCACCCCGGUUCCGAGCAAGUCUGGCGGCGCGAGGAGGAGUCGCCGGGCGCAGCCCUCCAGUGCCCUGGAACACGGGGACGCCCGGGCCACUGCCUUGGCCGAUGGUUCCAGAGGAAGCCGCCCUCUGGCCAAGGGUCUCGGGGAGGAGGUAAAGGCGCCGCGGGCCGGGGGGGCGGCGGCCGAAGAGCUCCGGCUGCCCAGCACCUCGUUCGCGCUGACCGGGGACUCGGCCCACAAUCAAGCCAUGGUGCACUGGUCGGGACACAACAGCAGCGUGAUACUUAUCCUGACCAAGCUAUAUGACUUCAAUCUGGGGAGCGUGACUGAGAGCUCGCUGUGGAGAUCAACGGAUUAUGGCACCACCUACGAGAAGCUGAAUGACAAAGUAGGUUUGAAGACUGUCCUCAGUUACCUCUACGUCAAUCCCACCAACAAAAGGAAGAUCAUGCUUCUUAGUGAUCCUGAAAUGGAGAGCAGCAUAUUAAUCAGCUCAGAUGAGGGGGCCACGUAUCAGAAAUACCGGCUCACUUUCUACAUCCAGAGCCUGCUCUUCCAUCCCAAGCAGGAGGACUGGGUGCUGGCAUACAGUCUGGAUCAAAAGCUCUACAGCUCCAUGGACUUUGGAAGACGGUGGCAACUCAUGCAUGAACGCAUCACACCCAACAGGUUUUACUGGUCGGUGGCUGGAUUGGAUAAGGAAGCAGACCUGGUGCACAUGGAGGUGCGGACCGCCGAUGGAUAUGCUCACUACCUCACCUGCAGGAUCCAGGAAUGUGCCGAGACCACUCGCAGUGGGCCUUUUGCCCGUUCCAUUGACAUCAGUUCCCUGGUUGUUCAGGAUGAAUAUAUCUUCAUUCAGGUGACAACUGGUGGAAGAGCCAGCUACUAUGUGUCCUAUCGGAGAGAGGCCUUCACCCAGAUAAAGCUGCCCAAGUACUCCCUGCCCAAGGACAUGCACAUCAUCAGUACCGAUGAGAACCAAGUGUUUGCAGCCGUCCAAGAAUGGAACCAGAACGACACGUACAACCUCUACAUCUCAGACAUGCGUGGCAUCUACUUCACCCUGGCCAUGGAGAACAUUAAGAGUAGCCGAGGUCUAAUGGGAAACAUUAUUAUUGAAUUGUAUGAGGUAGCAGGUAUCAAAGGGAUAUUCUUGGCAAACAAGAAGGUGGAUGACCAGGUGAAGACGUAUAUCACUUACAACAAGGGCAGAGACUGGCGCCUACUUCAAGCCCCAGAUGUGGACCUGCGUGGAAGUCCAGUACACUGCUUGCUGCCCUUCUGCUCCUUACACCUGCACUUGCAGAUCUCUGAAAAUCCAUAUUCCUCAGGAAGAAUUUCUAGCAAGGAGACAGCCCCGGGACUUGUGGUGGCUACAGGCAACAUUGGCCCGGAGCUCUCAUAUACUGAUAUUGGUGUGUUCAUCUCUUCUGAUGGGGGCAACACAUGGAGACAGAUCUUUGAUGAAGAGUACAAUGUCUGGUUCCUAGACUGGGGUGGCGCCCUCGUGGCCAUGAAACACACACCUCUACCAGUCAGACAUUUGUGGGUGAGUUUUGACGAGGGCCAUUCCUGGGACAAGUAUGGCUUCACUUCGGUUCCUCUCUUUGUUGACGGGGCUCUGGUGGAGGCAGGAGUGGAGACUCAAAUCAUGACAGUUUUUGGCCACUUCAGCCUCCGUUCUGAAUGGCAGUUGGUGAAAGUGGACUACAAAUCUAUCUUCAGCCGGCGCUGCACCAAGGAGGACUAUCAGACCUGGCACCUGCUCAAUCAGGGGGAGCCCUGCGUCAUGGGAGAAAGGAAAAUAUUCAAGAAACGCAAGCCAGGAGCUCAGUGUGCCCUGGGCCGAGACUCUUCAGGGACAGUGGUCUCAGAACCCUGUGCCUGUGCCGACUGGGACUUUGAAUGCGACUAUGGCUAUGAGAGACAUGGAGAGAGCCAGUGUGUCCCAGCUUUCUGGUACAACCCAGCAUCCCCAUCAAAGGACUGCAGCCUUGGGCAAAGCUACCUUAACAGUACUGGGUACCGGCGGAUUGUGUCCAACAACUGCACGGAUGGGCUGAGGGAGAAGUACACGGCCAAGGCCCAGAUGUGUCCUGGAAAAGCCCCUCGAGGCCUCCAUGUGGUGACAACCGACGGACGCCUGGUGGCAGAGCAGGGGCAUAAUGCGACUUUCAUCAUCCUCAUGGAGGAGGGUGAUCUCCAAAGGACAAACAUCCAGGUUGACUUCGGGGAUGGAAUUGCGGUGUCCUAUGCUAACUUCAGCCCCAUUGAGGAUGGCAUCAAGCACGUGUACAAGAGUGCGGGGAUCUUCCAGGUGACGGCCUAUGCGGAGAACAACCUGGGCUCGGACACAGCUGUCCUCUUCCUGCAUGUGGUUUGUCCCGUGGAGCAUGUUCAUCUCCAAGUGCCAUUUGUCGCCAUAAGAAAUAAGGAGGUCAACAUCAGUGCAGUUGUGUGGCCCAGUCAGCUGGGGACCCUUACCUAUUUCUGGUGGUUUGGCAAUAGCACGAAGCCCUUCAUCACCUUGGACAGCAGCAUUUCCUUCACGUUCCUGGCCGAAGGCACUAACACCAUCACUGUCCAGGUGGCUGCAGGGAAUGCCCUUAUUCAGGACACAAAAGACAUUGCUGUGCAUGAAUAUUUCCAGUCCCAACUCUUGUCAUUCUCUCCAAACCUGGAUUACCACAACCCUGACAUUCCUGAGUGGAGGCAAGAUAUUGGCAAUGUCAUCAAGAGAGCUUUGGUUAAAGUAACUGGCGUCCCGGAAGAGCAGAUCCUGGUGGCCGUGUUCCCUGGCCUUCCCACUUCAGCAGAGCUCUUCAUCCUUCCCCCCAAGAACUUGACGGAGAGGAGGAAAGGCAACGAAGAGGACCUGGAACAAAUUGUAGAGAUGCUGUUUAAUGCUCUAAACCAAAACUUGGUGCAGUUUGAGCUGAAGCCAGGGGUUCAAGUUACUGUGUUUGUCACACAGCUGACAUUAGCUCCGUUGGUGGACUCCAGUGCUGGGCACAGCAGCUCAGCCAUGCUUAUGCUCUUGUCAGUGGUGUUUGUCGGCCUGGCUGUGUUUCUAAUCUACAAGUUUAAAAGGAAAAUCCCCUGGAUUAACAUCUAUGCUCAAGUCCAACACGACAAGGAGCAGGAGAUGAUUGGGUCAGUGAGCCAAAGUGAAAACGCCCCCAAAAUCACACUCAGUGACUUCACCGAGCCCGAGGAACUGCUGGACAAAGAGCUGGACACCCGGGUCAUAGGAGGCAUUGCCGCCAUUGCAAACAGCGAAAGCACAAAGGAGAUCCCCAACUGCACUAGCGUUUAACACCAACCAGCCACGUGGUCAGCCAUCUUUCUGACUUUAUUUUUGAUGAUUACUAUGACUAUUAUUAUGGAAAAAAUGAAAAUGUCUUUUUUACCUUUUGUUUACCAAGGGCCCCUUCAUAAAUAGCAG